AUGGAGAGUAUUAUAUUGCAUUCAGAGGUCUCUACUUUUUCACAUUCAAAUGACGGGAAAGAAGACGGCGUGAACAUGUUUGCUUAUGAUAGUGUUUCCAAACUUGAUUCUAGCGUAUCAGUGGACAGUGAGUAUUAUAUGGUAAUUCGGAAUCCGGCACAAAUGAGCAUUGGAAUCACGAUGUUAUCCUGGUGGGAAUACUAUUCACGAGUUCUCUAUAAAACCCGUCAGGUGCUUUAUUGUGUGGAUCGUCCUCCUUCAGCAAUUAGUUAUGAGGGCGAGAUGUACAGGAAUUUCGUGAAACACCUUUUGUAA